AUGGAGACGUUGAAGGAAUUGAAAGGAAAACAAGAGAAAGCCAUUGGUGAAUCGGGAGAACAAGAGAAAGAAAUAUUAAUGGAAUUUAUAGGAAAAGAGAAGGAACAGUUUACUAAAUUGAUGGGAGAAUCGUUAGAUAACCUUAUAAGAAAGCAUGGACAUGGAUUGGAAACUCAACAAGAGAAACUAUUGACUGAAUUGAUAGAAAACCAAAGGAAAGCACUAGAUGAAUUUGGACAACUCGAGAAAGAUAAGUUAACGGAAUGUAUAAAACAAGAGAAGGAAACAAUUAUUGAUUUGAUUGCAGAAGAGCAAAACAAAUGUAAAGAAUUAUUGGCUGAUUUAAAAAAGAAGCAGGGAAAUGAACUGACAAUAAGACAAGAAAAAAUACUGGCUGAAUUGAAAAGAAAACAAGAGAAUAACAUGGCGGAAUCUGAAGAACAAGAGAAAACAAAGUUAACGGAAUUUAUAGGAAAAGAGAAAGUAAAAUUUACUGAUGUGAUUGGAGAAGAGCAAAACAAACUUAAGGAAUUAUUGGCUGGAUUUAACAGGGAUCAAGCAAAUGAAAUGAAAAAACAAGAGAAAAUAUUCGCUGAAUUGAUAGGGAAACAAAAGAAUACCAUAGCCGAAAUGACAGAACAAGAGCAGAAUCAUUUAACAGAAUUUACAGGAAAAGAGAAGGAGAAGUUGGCUGCACUGAUUGAAAAAGAGCAAAACGAUUGUAAGACAUCGUUAGCCCAACUUACAAGAGAGCACGAACAUGACUUGAUUAAAGAACAAGAGAAACUGUUGGCAGACUUGAUAAGAAAACAAGAGACAAGUAUGGAUGAAUCGGCGAAACAAGAAAAGAGGAAGUUAAUGGAAUUUAUAGGAAAAGAGAAGGAAAAAUUUACUAAAUUGACUGAAGAAGACCACAACAAAUUUAGGGAAUCGUUAGACAACUUUAAAAGAGAGCAGGAAAAAGAAUUGAAUGCAAAACAAGAGAUAACCAUAGCUAAAGUGACCGAAAAAGAAAAGAACAAUAUAGCGGAAUUAAUAGGAACAGAGAAGAAAAUAUGGAAACAAAUGAUUGAAGAAGAGCACAAAACAUUUAAGGAAUCGUUAGAUAAACUUAAAAGGGAGCAAGAAAAUGAACUGAAAACAAAAGUAAAGGAAAUGUUGGCUGAAUUUAAAGGAAAACAGGAGAAAACGAUAGCUGAAUUAACAAAACAAGAGAAGGACAAGUUAACGGAAUUAAUAGAAAACGAAAUAACUAAAAUUACCAAAUUAAACAGAGAAGAGCAACACAAUUGUAUUUUGAUGCAAGGUGUGUGA